UCUCUGUUUGGCACAACCUGAGAAAGAAAAAAGAAAUGGCAUCUCAUGCAGUUUCUAGCGGGCAAAAACCACACGCAGUUUGUGUACCUUUUCCGGCUCAAGGCCACAUCAACCCGAUGAUGAAAGUGGCUAAACUUCUCCACGCCAAAGGCUUCCACGUUACCUUUGUCAACACCGUUUACAACCAAAACCGUCUCAUCCGGUCCCGUGGACAGAAAGCCCUCGAUGGGUUUCCCUCGUUCCGGUUCAAGUCCAUCCCUGACGGUCUACCGGAGAUCGACGGGGAUAAGAUGCAAGACGUCCCUUCCCUUUGCGAAUCUACCAUGAAGAAUUGUCUAACUCCGUUCAAGGAGCUUAUUAGACGAAUUAACGUCGAAGAUGAUGUUCCACCUGUGAGCUGUAUUGUAGCUGACGGUCUGAUGACCUUCACUCUUGACGUUGCGGAGGAGCUUGGAGUCCCGGAGGUUCUAUUCUGGACCACUAGUGCUUGUGGCUUCAUGGCUUAUCUACACUUUUAUCGCUUCAUCGAGGAGGGGUUAUCUCCACUCAAAGAUGAGAGUGACUUGGACACAAAGAUAGAUUGGAUUCCAUCGAUGAAGAACCUAAGACUAAAAGACAUCCCUAGCUUCAUCCGUACGACCAAUCCUAAGGACAUAAUGCUCAACUUUUUUCUCCAUGAGGUCGACCGGGCCAAACGUGCUUCUGCCAUUAUUCUCAACACGUUCGAUGACCUCGAGCAUGACAUCAUCCAAUCAAUGCAAUCUAUUUUACCUCCGGUUUACUCUAUUGGACCGCUCCAUCUGCUAGUGAAUCGAGAGCUCGACGAUGACAAUGAGAUCAGACGAAUGGAAACCAAUCUGUGGAGAGAGGAAACAAAGUGUUUGGACUGGCUUGAUACAAAGCCUCGAAACAGCGUAGUUUACGUUAAUUUUGGAAGCAUAACAGUGAUGAGUGCUAAACAACUCGUGGAGUUUGCUUGGGGUUUGGCGGCAACAGGGAAAGAUUUUUUGUGGGUGAUCAGGCCGGACUUAGUGGCCGGUGAUGUGGCGGUGGUUCCGGCAGAGUUUCUAACGGAGACGGCAGACCGGAGAAUGUUGGCGAGUUGGUGUCCUCAAGAGAAAGUUCUUUCUCAUCCGGCGAUAGGAGUGUUUUUAACGCACAGUGGAUGGAACUCGACUCUGGAGAGUCUUUGUGGUGGUGUUCCUAUGGUGUGUUGGCCGUAUUUUGCGGAGCAGCAAACGAACUGUAAGUUUUGCUGUGAUGAGUGGGAGGUGGGGAUGGAGAUUGGGGGAGAUGUGAAGAGGGAGGAGAUUGAGAAGGUGAUUAGAGAGUUGAUGGAUGGAGAGAAGGGAAAGAGAAUGAGAGAGAAGGCGGAGGAGUGGCGGCGCUUGGCGGAGAAAGCGACGGCGCAGAAAGAUGGUUCGUCGGAAUUGAACUUCCAGAUGGUUGUUGACAAGGUCCUCCUAGCCUCCAAGGGUAAAGCAGUAGAGAUGCUGUGAUGUAUUUCAAGCACAAGAGGGUUAUAAAAAUGUAUUAUGGUUUUUCUUUUGGUUAUAAAAAUGUAUUAUGGUUUUUCUUUACUUAUAUGUAUUUUUAUUAUUCAAUAAUAUUUUAUAAUCUUCUGUUUCAAAAUAAGUGAUGUAUCAGGAAAAAAAUUGUUUAAAUAUAUGGUAUUUCCAAUUAAUAAUACAAAAUUAAUUUUUUCUAUUA